AGAUGAAAAAUCAAGAUUCCUCCUUGUUAUUUUUAUUCCUGAACUUUUGAAACUUUUUGCAACAUUUCUGUGCAUUUCUGUUUCUUGUAACUCAUUCUUUUGUUUUAUGAUGAAUCAAAAAAUUUGUUUUCAUAAAACAAUUUGCGACGAAAUGUCAAAAAUGUGUCAUUAUUUAUUUUCAAAAUGCGGUUCAACGUCAUAUUGACAAUAGUUUCAGAAAUCUCUUUCUUGUCACGAAAGAAAUUUUGUUUAAAAAAAAAGCGACAUAUUUGACAAGAUCCCUUUGUAAAGGGUAAUCAAUUUUAUUAAAUGAGCGCAACUAAGAAGCAAAAAAGAACCUUAUCGUCAUUACAAUGCAAGAGCAAUUCGCAGAGGCAGAAAUUCGAUAAUUCACGCGUCGUAACUUUGGAAGCACUUCCCCCAGAAGUAUUAGAAAUGAUAAUACGUCUCUUACCACUACAUGACGUAUCAUCCAUUAUUCGUUUAGUUUCUAGGAAAUUUUCAACAGUUGCUUCGACAGUUUUAAAUAGUGCUUUCCUAGCCGCUGGUAUCCGAUUGGAGGAGGUAAUGAAUCAUCUCGAAUCAAUGAUAUGGUACAAGGUGACAACGGAAAUAGAUCUUCUGGCUUUCAGUAAGGCUUUCAAUGUUUUUGAGCUGAUAAGGGCUCAGUACAAAAUGUUAAAGGCAGUCACGUGGAGAUACACUCACCCUCCGAGGAAAGGCGAAUUCCCCCGUCUUUGCUUCUACGCUGGAUCAUUAUUAGACGAUUUGAAUAAAAUAAUUCGUGUCGCAAAAUUAAAUCCUGCAUCGUUGGCAACUUUGCUUGGUCCCGACGCCAGUAUCACUUCUUUUAUUGCCCUUUGCAAACGAUUUAUGAACUUUUUCGAAAAAGUCUCUGAGCGUAAAAUCAACAGAUCUGCGUUGAUAUCUGGAUGCAAAACAGUAGAUGUUUUGGAUUGUUUAGCGGAAGGACGACAGGUUUUAUCAUUUCGAGCAUCCUCGGGGCGUGGAAGCAGGAGUAAUAUCGUCACGAUGAAAUUGAAAUACGUUAUGAAGAGAGCAUGGUUCACUUGUUUGGAAAUACCGAGUGCUGCUGAUGAGAAUUCGUGGCGAGACGAACAACGCUUUAUGUAUUUACGAUUACGACGACUCGUUGGAAGUGUAAAUGAACAUCAUUUCGAAAAAUGUCACUACGACCGCGAAUUGAUGCUUCAAGCACCACCGAUGCCUCUGCCUAGAGCUCCACCAGCGUCCACCUACUCGGGUUACGGAGAAUACGGAGGGCAAUUUUUUUAUUAUGGAAAUAUGAAUAAAUACGCUUAUGAAAAUAAAUUUAAAUACAUGGACGAAGGGAAUGAUAUGGAAGACGAGGAAACGGUGCAGGAAAUAAAUCCAUGCUUCGACCUGGUGAUCGUUGUGGAAUUACGAUGUUCGCCAGAGUUGGCACCUUUGGCUGUUCGCGCAAUCCUUAAAUCAGACGAUAUCGAGAAUAUUUCUAACGGAAAUAGUCAAAAUCCGGAAUUGUACUUGAAAUUGCACGUCACUUGUCCUGUCUCUGUGUCCAACAGAUUGCCAGGCACCUUCAUCUGGGAGCUUAGAAGUCCUCGCUGGGGAAAAAAUUCCUGAUGAAUUUGGUAAACUCUGAAGCAUAUGUGUAUAUUUUUAUCGAGUAUUUUAAAUGUUUAAUUAUUUAUAUUGUUAAUAGUAUUGUUAAGAGAGAAUGUAAAAUAAAGUACUAGGCGGUUUAUUUUAACUAAAGUAAAGUAAUAAUGCAAUUUAAAA